AUGGAUCCUCAUUAUUGGCAUCUACAAUCAAUGAUAAUUAACCACGAUCAUCCGUACAGCCGUCCCUCUUACCUGGAUCCAAUUAGCACCCUAUGCAUUGAACCUGCCUUUGGGUCGAAUGACUCAGAGCUUGGCGGAGAAGGCGCUAGUUAUAUGUGGGUAGACGUAGAAGGAGAUGAAACGAGAUUGUGUGGUCAAGUGCCAGAACUUCCUGUUAAUGAAGAUUCCUGCCAAUUCAGUAGGUUUUGUGCAUAUGGUCCAGUUGAUGAACCAAAAUUUGAUAACAAACAAUCCUCUCACUCGAGCACUUUCCAUGUGACAUGGAAUACAACGGUAGAUAAGUUGUAUCGGAAAAUCGAAAAGGCACUAACUCGGAUUGAUUUUGACGACUCUGUUUCCUCUCAAAUGCGCAUUGAUACGUGUGCAGAGCUGCAUGAACUCUUACUAAACACCUUGCCCAGUAGUCUUCUCCUACUGUAUUUGCGUGGAUAUGCGUGCCUAAUGCAUCAAAGCAGGACUUCACCUCUUCUACGUCGACUUAACUCAGAGAUCAUCUUGCAGCGUACAGUGAAGCGGUUUGAUUACUCAAAAUACAUUGAUCGUGCAUUUCUGCCUUCCACUGAUGGAUUCGGCUCCCCUCUUUGUCGUGCAACUCAUUCACGCCUACAUGAUGGGUCGGCUAGUUCCUAUUCCCCCAUAACGUGUAUUCCUACGGAUUCACUGAUAACUGGUAGUUUGAGCACGUCAACAUCUACUCCUGGUCGUGUGUCAUCAAUAAUGGAUGAGCCCGUCUUCGUGUGUGUAAUUGCUAAGGGCUACACAAAGAGCUCUCGCAUCGGUAGAAUGCUGAAAAGUCUCUCGCAACUUGGGCGUCUUAUGGUCAUAUCAAUGAACGGAACCACUAGCGUUCAGAUCCGGCGUCUCAUUCGUCACUUCGUCUCGCUGACGGAGGAUCCACGUCCCAUCCCCAUCUACUUGGUCGGGUUUGGCAAGCAUUGCGACAUUGUGCUAACGGCCGCUGUCACCUCGCCCUACCUCUUGCCUCCAUCAAACGGCGGUGCCUUAGAGGAGAUAAUAUGUGGUCGUUUGACCAGUUCUGACGCGCCAAUCCCCACGAGACCAUGGUUAGCAGGUCUUGUCCUCAUUGCCCCACCAAAAGGGACAUAUCGUCUGGGCAAUCUCAGUGCUGGACUUGAUAACAUCGCCCGUCGCUGCUCCCUCCUCCUGGUAAUCAGUUCGAAGCACGAAGUCGAUGGGAACGCCUUCAGAGAGGCUCUAAUUGCUGCUCGCCGAAGGUCUACGGCGGCUUCAGUUCAUGGUGGUGUGAGUGGAUUGCGUGGAAUGGAUUGGAAAGCUCCAUGUGAGUUUGAUCUUCGCAUGCUCGUCAUCGGUGGUGCUGAUCACCUCCUUCGAAUGCAUCCUGCCACAUUGCGAAGGUUUGCCACUACCCAGGCUGCAAUCGAUCUAGCUAUCAUCGCGGCAGUGAAAAAUCUUGUGGCUGUGUGUCGGACUCUGGUAAAUUCAAGUGCAGCUCCCGUAUCGACACAUGGAACCGGUGUGCUUGAAUCAGCGGGGAGUAGAAGCAUAACCGGUUUGCCAGUUUCCUGGCUCCCCAGUGCCACCAAUGUACAGCCAGAUAAUAGGAAAGUGUCGGAGAGUAACGCCUUUGCUCGAAAGGCCUCAAUUCUUCGUGGUAGUAUGCACACACGAUGUUGCGCAGACCGUUAUCCCACGCCACAACUCUAUGCUUCUAGACAGAAACCGUCCCUUUCUCUACGUGACAGGCUUUCCUACUCUGCAGGGUUUGGUGCUGGACCAGUGAUCAGGUACGGUGAUGGGGCACGUAACCGAACACUAUGCAGGCGACAAUCGCAACUGCACCACCCUGUACACGUCUUCUCCGACACACAGACUCCACGAUUUGGUGGUGGUGGUGGUGGUGAUAUGACGGAUUCUCCACACCUCAGACCCGCAUCACACCCACCCCAUCCAAUGAACCACGAUGCCCAAUCCGGAUCUCGUGGAGAAGGAAGAGUCCGCGGAACCCGUUUUUAUAACCGAAACUAA